CUAAUUUCUCCUUUUUUCUCCCCUUACCUUCACUUCUUCCCGAUGCUCGAAACUCCGCGAGCCUAAUCGACGUGCCGAACGCCCUUCCCAUCUCCGUCUCCUUCGCCGUCCCUCUUCAUUUCAUGCACGCCGCCCCAUCACACUCCGGCGUCGCCCGCUCCGCUCCGGCCUCGCACUCUUCUUCCUCUUCUUCCUCCGCCCACCCGUCAAUGAAAUGAAACUGCCAUCACUACCACUACCCGCCGUCCCCGAGAGGGCAGCCUCGCUCACGUCCCUGGUCUUCGCCGCCAUCCUCCUCGCCGCCGCCCUCAUCAACCAUCUCAGCUUCACGACCGACCCUUACCGAUGCGGCGCCCUGCUUCGGAGGGGGAGCUGGCUCGACCCUCCCAACGAGAAGGGCGACCGCGCCCCGUUUAGGAACUGGCAGCCCGACGGCUGUAUGCUGCGCAAGUACAACAACGACGACAUUAGGCACUGCAUGGACGGUCGUCAUAUGGUGUUCUCGGGCGAUUCGACUACCCGGCAGGUCUUCUGGGGCAUGGCUCGUCUACUAGACAGCCCGACGGCCGACCAAGCGCGCAAGAAUGCCCCCGCCCACUCGAACUACGACAUGACCAUCAACGGCGUCCGCCUCGUCCAAAUAUGGAACCCCUAUCUCGACUCGGGCGAAGCCAACCGCAACCUCACCCGCGAGCUCGACAUCUACCGCGAAGAACGCGCCAACCCCGUCCCCGUCAAAGACCAGAAGAGCGCCGCCAUCAUCAUGCUGGGCGUCGGCGGUUGGUUCGCCCUCCACAACCUCGAGGAAGAGGGUUACCGCAAUUUCACCUCCGCCAUCGAUAAUGUCACCGGCCUGCUCGCCCACCGCGACCUGCCCCGGUUCGGAACCCGCGCUCGCCCUAUGCACCCCCUCGACGGCACCGGGAACGAGGUCUUCCUCGCCCCCGUCCACCCGCCCUGGUACGACGAGCUCCCCGAAAAGCGCAAGACGCCCGAGGGCAUCCAGGUCGGCGAGCUCGAGUCGUACAACGAAUACCUAGCCGGCAUCGAGUACGAUCGUCACCUCAGCCUGCUGUGGAGCUUCCCGGCCCUGUCGCAAGGCCAGCCCGAGACCAUCGUCGACCGCAACGACACUGGUUUCCACGUGGUCGACUCCGUCGCCGAGACCAAGGCCACCAUCCUCCUCAACCUGCGCUGCAAUGCCAAGCUCGACGCCAUGGACGGAUACCCUCACGACCGCACCUGCUGCACCGACUACGGUCGCAAACCCGUCGUCCAGCAGCUGCUCCUCUUCCUCGGCGCCCUCUACGUCGCCGCCUGCGUUGCCGUCGAGGCCCGUACCCUCUGGCGGUCGAAUGCUGCGGCCGACGGGCUUACGUCUCCACAUCCCUCCUCCUCGCGACGACGAUUAUUCCUCGACUUUGACAUGGCCAUCUUCGUCGCCACCCUGCUGUGCUGCUACUAUUUCGACCGCACCCAGAUGCUCCCCAAGGGCUCCAAGCAGUACGUCCCCGGGGAGUUCCAGUUCCUCUGCGGCCUGGUCCUCCUAGUCGCUCUCCUCUCGUUGCGCCGCUCGCACGCCCCUCCUUCCUCGCCUCCUCCGCCUCUCUCCGAAAACGGUCACGCCGAACCCGAGAUGGGCCCGUUCCUGUCGCGCGACCAGACCGACGAGUGGAAGGGCUGGAUAGUCCUCUUCAUCCUCAUCUGCCACUGGACCGGUGCCCAGGCCUUGGGCCCUCAGGUCGUCUUCCGGCUCUGCGUCGCCGCCUAUCUAUUCCAGACCGGCUACGGCCACGCCACCUACUUCCUCACCAAGAAGGACUUUUCCUUCCACCGCGUCGCCGCCGCCACCCUGCUCCGUCUGAACCUCCUCAGCUGCGCGCUCUCCUACGUCAUGAACACCGACUACACGUUUUACUACUUCGCCCCGCUCGUGAGCUUCUGGUUCCUCGUCGUCUGGGCCACCAUGGCCAUCGGUUCCAAGUACAACUUCAGCAUCAUUUUUGUCUCCCAAAAGAUCCUCCUCUCGAUGGUGUUCGUCCUUCUCCUCGUCCAGGUCACGCCCUUCCCGCGAUGGGCCUUCGCCCUCCUCCGCGCCCUCUUCGGGGUCAACUGGGACGUCGACGAGUGGGAGUUCCGCCUCUCCCUCGACCCCUUCAUCGUCUUCGUCGGCAUGGCCACGGCCGUCGCCCACCAGGUCCUGAAGAACACGGCGGCGCGCGCCCCCCCCGUCCUGCACUACCUGGCCGCCGUCCUCGGCGUGCUCGGCACCUUCGUCUUCUGGCUCGCCUGCAGCGGACAGAUCGAAGACACGGACCAGUACACGCAGUGGCACCCUUACGCCUCGUUCCUCCCCAUCCUCGGGUUCGUGGCCGUGCGGAACAUCCCCGGUCCCGUCGCCGCCGUCCGCACGUCCACGUCGCGCGCCAUGGCUUGGGUCGGUCGCUGCUCGCUCGAGGUGCUGACGCUGCACUUCCACCUCUUCCUGGGCGCGGAUACCAAGGGCGUGCUGCGGGUCGGGGGGCUCGGCGGCGACGGCAGCCUUUUCGGGGACAGGUGGAGGGAUUUGGUUUUCAUCGUCCCCUUCCUCCUGUGGAUCAGCUCUCGCGUGGCCGAGGCGACGGGUCGCAUUGUCAGAGUCCUCACCGAUACGGCGAAGAACGACGAGUUUGUCGAGAUGGGUCGGCAGGAGGAGGGGGGGGAAGGCGGGGAGCCCAAGGGGGGGGUGGAGAGGGACACGGACGGUCAUGAGCAUGGGUCGCCGUUCAGCAUCCCCAAAAUCGUCAGGGAUGCCCGCAGCAAAUACUCGGUCAACGAUUUGCGGGUCCGGAUGGGUAUUUUGCUGGGUGUCAUGUGGCUACUGAACCUGAUAUAUUGAUGACGAAGACCAAGACCUCUUGAGCUCUUGGAUCAAGAUGUGGGACGAUGGUUAGUUUCGCCGUUUCGUUCACUUCUGUUAUUACGGAUAUAUUCGGGUUUAUUUAGGGUUUAUUUCUCAGCGUUUAGCUGCAUGAGCUACGGCGCUUUGGGGUAUGAAUAUGUUUUGUAAAUGUUUAGGCGAUGCGAGAGGAGCUGAUUUUGGCGCAGAGCCGUCUGUCUGUGUAGGGUAAGGAGGCAUUGGAGGGAGAUGCCCGAAUUUUGUUGUCCUUGGGACGUUUUGCUCUUGCACUUUUCCUUCUUUUAGACUCGUUUCUUGGAUCACGAAGCAAAGCGAGCACUUGACAUUGAAUAUAUUAGGGACAGAGAGGCAAACGGCAACCCAACGUGCGAGUGC